AUGGCCGCCGAGUACUUAAACCAACUUUUUGGCCUAACAUCCCAGACUGCUAUAGUAACAGGUGGCACCGGCGGCCUCGGAUCUGCGCUUGUCCUCGCUCUCGUGCGUGCCGGCUGCAGCAGCAUUAUCUCCAUCGAGCUGCCGUCUGACCCGCUCUCGUCUGAGCUGAAGACGCAGGUCGAAGCUGCAGGUGGGAGCCUUCGCGUGUUCAAAUGUGACUUACGCAAUGCGAGCAGUAUCAGGGAGUGCUUCAACCGUAUCUGGGCCGAGGGAUUCGAAGCGGGAAUACUGCUUAACUGCGCGGGUGUGAUGCGUCGGAAUCUCUGCGAAGCGAGUACGGAUGAAGAACUGGACCUGUUGCUUGAUGUCAAUGUGAAGUCUUACUAUGUCUGCAUGCAAGAGUUCGGACGCCGGUUGCUCUCGCAGUCACGACCGGGGAAGAUUGUCAACAUUGCGUCCGUGACAGCGUUCAAUGCAGGUUUUAACACAUCGGUUUACAGUACAACCAAGGGAGGUGUGCUGCAGAUGACGAAGGCUUUCAGCAAUGAGUGGGCUAGCAAAGGUAUCCAGGUGAACUGCAUUGCGCCCGGUUUCAUGAAGACUAGCAUGACUGCUCAGUACCAGCAUGAUGCCAAGAUGACAGACUACUUGAUGCUCCGCGUGCCGAUGGGGAGGUGGGGAGAGCCAGGAGAUCUUGUAAGCGCCCUCCUCUUCUUGUGUGCUCCUGGGAAUCAGUUCACGAGCGGAGCUUGCAUUGUCGUUGACGGGGGAUUUUGCGGGAAGUGA